AUGCCGAAAGACCAGCCGAACCAUUCCCAGCCCUCAGCACGACAGGGAGAAGUCGGUCAACCUGAACUUAUUGUACGGGCCUCUCGGCAAUUUUGGAAAGCACUGAAACUUUUGGUAUUUUCCCUUGUCUGCUGUGCAGCUGCUGUGGUUGCAGUUGCCUUGCCAGAAGCAGCAUUAUGGCUUGGCAGUCGAGGCAACGCGCAGCUUAUCGUCGUCGGUCUAGCUAUAUCCCUUAUGAAUCACUGCUUCGGAAGUGAAGCCCGGACUUGUGGUUUGGUUCUGGAAGCACGUCUCGGCCGAUCGACUAUACAAAAUUACGAAGCAAUACUCUACAACAGACUCUCCAUCGUCAAUUUCCACCGGUAUGUGCGGCUAGUCAUAUUCCUUCUGUCCGUCUUCCCUUUGACUCUUAGCGUUGCCUACAAAGGAGUCGACGGCGGCGAGACACAUACAAACUCACUCUAUGGGCAACUCAACCUCCAGGGUCUUUUUGCCGAUGCUCACCAAUGUAAUUUUCGACUCGAUAAUCCUCUGCCCGAUAAAAGGGCAACAGCUAUCAUGAUCUAUGUUACCGAGCCAAUUGUGACCUUGAACACCAGGUAUCCGUUGAAACUUGGAAGCUAUGGUUUGAACAUGCAAGUUCUCAAUCACAAUACUACAGCGAUGCUGGAUCCUCCAACUAGUGACUAUAUCCAGGCCCUGCGGCAGAAAAUGUUUCCAGGCCAGACUCUAUAUCUUCAAGCCUCAGUGAACGCCACGUUCAGUAGCAUCAACUGCACGACUGCAGAUACUUCAUGUACAAGGUCAGCCGAGUUUCUUAACGACAGCUCUUCCUCUCAUGCGACAUGGACUUCUACGGUCAAAGUCUCCGGCAACAUAAAUUUCACCAUGGCAGCCUACAAAGACCAACAAGUUCUAUUCUUCGCUGCCUGGGACAAAUUGGCUGACCCGCCAACGAACUUUAGUUCAGAAGCAGUUGGAUUUAAUUUGUAUCGAGGCCACUGCGAUGGCAGAUGGAGAAUUGACAAAUCUACUGUGGGAUUGGAGGAAGCAAGUGGAUGCGUGCGGUCCGACUUCCCUGGCUCACAACGGGUGAUUGUCGAGAAUAUUGACUGGGCAUCGCUACAAAAACUACAACAAGUGCUGGCAGAUGCCAUGGUCACAACUAGCGAUGAUACAAUACCAGUAAUUAUGACUACGGAUCUUUCGGUUCAAUCGGCCAUUGUUGCCUCAAUGAUGUGGUCAAAGUUAUCAUCUCACGCUAGUGAGACUACUUUCUAUAACCGCUAUCCUGAGCUUGAUUACGUUACGGAGGAGACUCUACAAUGGAGCGUUCUAACGUUGAAACGGGAAGUUUGGCUCUAUGUAAUAAUAUGCAUUCAACCCGUCAUGAUAUUCAUAUUCAUGAUCAUUCGAUACUGUCUCAGACAUAUUCCGGUAUCCAAUACCUUUGGCCUCACCUCUUUACUUGCUGGCAUCGAUUUGAACAGUGCAGCACUCCUUAAAGGUGCUAGCUACAGUGGUACUUUGAAUACUCGAGUCACAGUUACGAUCAAUGUCGUUGAAGAUGGCGAAGCACGCGGACGUCGCUGUGGGCAUCUAGAGUAUGUCCUAGGUACUGACAGGAAGGGUAAAGCUGGUUCUCUGAUCGAUGGAGUUACUUAUGGAUGA